AUGCAUUCACAUCAUUCACAUUCGGGAGACUAUGUGGCGCAUGGAGUGGAUCCUCUUGAUGAUAUUGUCGCUCAGGCUGUAGCGAUGCGGUUCCACACAUAUUGCCUAACUGAGCACAUGCCCCGGGUGAAUAGCAAGUAUCUGUACCCUGAGGAGCGGCAAGAGGACAUGAGUCCCGACCCUAAUAUUGGCGAGCUUGGAUUGAAAGUGCUUAAGGAGAAAUUUCUCAGCUAUUUGGAGCACAGCCGGAGCAUACGUGCCAAGUAUAGUGGUGGUGAUUGCAAGACUAAGUUUCUUGUUGGGUGUGAGCUUGAGUGUUGUGACGUUGAGCACAUUGAGUACAGUAAGUAUUUGCUGAGGACAUAUGGAGACGAUUUGAAAUUUACCGUGGGAUCGAUUCACCAUAUUAGGGGUAUACCGAUCGAUUUUGACCCACACUCAUGGAACGAAGCCUUCGAUUCCUGCGAUAAGAACAUUGUUAAAUUUCUGUCAUCUUAUUUUGAUAUGCAGCAUGCGAUGAUAACGGAGCUGCAACCGAUCAUUAUCGGGCACUUUGAUUUGUAUAAAUUACUGCUGCCGGAUGAGAUGUUUGUUCAUCCCGCCACAGGUGACUGCAGCGAUGACCCGCAGGUGGAUUUUGUUCCAAUAACAUCCAUUUCACUAGUGAAAACCUUUCCAAUUCUCAGGGAGAAGAUUAUCAGAAACUUAAAAGCUAUCGACUCAUAUGGUGGUGCCAUCGAGAUAAACACUGCAGGAUUCAGAAAAGGCCUCUGUGAACCUUACCCUGGCCCUGAGAUAUGUGAGUUGGCGAAACAAUACUGUGGUUCACGGUUUGUAUUAAGUGAUGACGCCCAUGCCGUAUCACACGUUGGUACUUGCUACAAACAGGCGCUAGACUACAUUACCAAUACGAUUAAGAUUGAGGCCCUGUACCACUUAGAAGAAACUUCCGAUGGUUCCGUGAAACUGGUAAAAGAAGAUAUGGCAUCUGUUUCUGAAAAUAGCUUCUGGAAACAGUUUUAA